AGACGAGGAGGUUGAAAAGAAUUAAGUAAAAAUAAAAUCAUAAAAAGCACGAAACAUCCGUGGACCUUUUGCGCCAAUAACUUCAGAAGUGGGAUCGUAGCCCUUUAAAGUAUCUGCCUACAUAAGUAUUUGUCUACUGGCAUCCCCGACAACGAGUAUUUUCCACAUUUUAUAAAUGGCCGAGGAAACCAUGGCAAACAUUGACAAAGAAAAAAUUGUAGAGUGGUUGCUGGAGAAGGAGAUCAUUUUUCCAGCCAGCGCAACACUAAGGCAACUUCGUAAGCUUGCCAUAAGUGGUGGAAUGGACGAAGUUUCUGAAAGUCCGGUGAAUAAAUCGGAUAUUGAAUCGGAUGGAAAAGUGUCUGAAAAUGAGCAGAUCGACGAUAUGAAAGAAGAAGAAUUACUUGACGCCGCAAUAAGGACUUACGACGAGUGUAAGGGAAACUUCCUAAAAACUUUUGGCCGCAGCAAUUCAACUGCCGACGUGGUACUUCUGUUGAAGGAAACCUUUUUCAACCCGGAGAAAAACUCCGUAAUGGGAUAUAUUCUUCGCAUGGAAGAAAUUACUAUGCGUGCCGACAUCGAAGAGAAAUUGACAGUGCAGUUCAUCGUUGAUGGUUUUCGUGAUCGAUCUUCCAGUAUCGCCUUAUUGUAUUCAGCGUCGACCAUCGGAAAACUUAAGGAGCUAGCUCGACAAUACGAAGCUUUGAGGAAGAGUACCCAGACGAAUUUUAAGCGCACUGGGAUGACCGCUUCCGGAAAUGACCAGAGCCAGGUGCGCUGCUAUAAUUGUUCAGCACAUGGCCAUUAUGCUUCAUCGUGUCCCGCACCUAAGCGGGAGAAGGGAUCGUGUUUCCAGUGUGGAUCCAUGCAGCACCAGGUGAAGGAUUGCCAACAGAAGCCUAUGCCAACCCAGCGAUCCGUGGGUACAGCCAGCAACCCGCCAAUGGACGGCAGAGAGGAGAACAAUAUUUUUGUUCCUAUUGUUAAUCAGCGCUAUUAAUUUGAUGCAGCGCUCGGCGAUACCUUAUGAAAAUUUUGAUGGUGUACUAAGACCGACAGAGUAUUUUGGAGUUAACGGUUCGAGAAUAAGCAUUUUUGGAAAAA